UUUUUCUGAACAGGCAUGUUCCAGGCAACUCAUCCGACUCCUUAGAUUACUAUAGGAUCUGUAGGGUCCUGAGCGUCGGGGAAGCAGGAAAGCAAAUACUGGGAGAAGGACUUGGGCUCAGGAGAAGAAUCUUACAUCGAGACCGGCUGGGGAGUUGUUUGUUUGUUUGUUGGUUGGUUGGUUCUGGUAUUGCGGCCCUGUCCAACUUGAGGCAGAGUGAAGGCCCCUUCAGGCAGCGCUGCGGGCAGCCCCGCAGCCGGGGCCUGGUGCAGCCGCCGCGGCCGCUGUCAGGGAAGCGCAGGCGGCCAAUGGAACCCAGGAGCUGCCGCUGCUGCUGAGGCGGCGGUGUCGGCAAUCCGACCCCGACCGCCUGCACUCCCUCCGCGGGGGUCCUCCGGAGGAUCAGCUAAACCUUGAACUAAGAAGAAAAUGUAUUGGGAGGAGGGGGAGCCUCAGCUGUCUCAGGCUUUUCUGAACAGAAGGGUGUUUCUGAAGGAUGGAGCAAGUUUUGAAGAAGUCCCUAUCAGAUUACACUUUGUUGACUACUCAGGAGCAGCCACUAGGAGGGAUGAACAGGCCUGCAUGGAAACUGAAUGAGUUGAGGAAACUGAAACUCAGAAGAUACGUGACUUACAUAAGUUUGUACAUCUCAUAAAGGCAGAGUGAGAAUUUGAACCCCAGCCUGUUUGCCUCCAAGCCCAGGGUUCUUUCCACUGUACUUCAGCUGCCACAGUGCUGGAGAAAGGCUUGGAAGCUUGAAGUCUGACUGUAGCCAUGGGAGACACGGUAGUGGAACCUGCCCCCCUGAAUCCAACUUCCGAGCCUACUCCUCCUGGCCCUCCAGGGAAUAAUGGGGGCUCCUUGCUAAGCGUCAUCACAGAGGGAGUCGGGGAACUAUCAGUGAUUGACCCUGAGGUAGCCCAGAAGGCCUGCCAGGAGGUGCUGGAGAAAGUCAAGCUUUUGCAUGGAGGCAUGGCCGUCUCUAGUAGAGGCACCCCACUGGAAUUGGUCAAUGGGGAUGGUGUGGACAGUGAGAUCCGUUGCCUAGAUGACCCAUCUUCCCAGAUCAGAGAGGAGGAAGAUGAGAUGGGGGCUACUGUGACCUCAAGCACAACCAAAGGAGCAAGAAGGCGGCGGCAGAACAACUCGGCCAAACAAUCUUGGCUGCUGAGACUGUUUGAGUCAAAACUAUUUGACAUCUCUAUGGCUAUUUCAUACUUGUAUAACUCCAAGGAACCUGGAGUGCAAGCCUAUAUUGGCAACCGGCUCUUCUGCUUUCGCAAUGAGGAUGUGGACUUCUAUCUGCCCCAGUUGCUUAACAUGUACAUCCACAUGGAUGAGGAUGUGGGUGAUGCCAUUAAGCCCUAUAUCGUCCACCGUUGCCGCCAGAGCAUUAACUUUUCCCUCCAGUGUGCCCUGUUGCUUGGGGCUUACUCUUCAGACAUGCACAUUUCCACUCAACGACACUCCCGUGGGACCAAGUUACGGAAGCUGAUCCUCUCAGAUGAGCUGAAGCCAGCUCACCGAAAGAGGGAACUUCCCUCCUUGAGUCCAGCCCCUGAUACAGGGCUGUCUCCCUCCAAAAGGACUCACCAGCGCUCUAAGUCAGAUGCCACCGCCAGCAUAAGUCUCAGCAGCAACCUGAAACGAACAGCUAGCAACCCUAAAGUGGAGAAUGAGGAUGAGGAGUUCUCCUCCAGCACCGAGAGUAUUGAUAAUUCAUUCAGUUCCCCUGUCCGACUGGCCCCUGAGCGAGAAUUCAUCAAGUCCCUAAUGGCAAUUGGCAAACGACUGGCCACCCUCCCCACCAAAGAGCAGAAAACACAGCGGCUGAUCUCAGAGCUCUCCCUGCUCAACCAUAAGCUCCCUGCCCGAGUCUGGUUGCCCACUGCUGGCUUUGACCACCACGUGGUCCGUGUGCCUCACACACAGGCUGUUGUCCUCAACUCCAAGGACAAGGCUCCUUACCUGAUCUACGUGGAAGUCCUUGAAUGUGAAAACUUCGACACCACCAGUGUCCCUGCCCGAAUCCCUGAGAAUCGAAUUCGGAGCACACGGUCUGUAGAAAACCUGCCUGAAUGUGGCAUCACCCACGAGCAACGGGCUGGCAGCUUCAGCACUGUGCCCAACUAUGACAAUGACGACGAAGCCUGGUCGGUGGAUGACAUAGGCGAGCUGCAGGUGGAGCUCCCUGAAGUGCACACCAACAGCUGUGACAACAUCUCCCAGUUCUCUGUGGAUAGCAUCACCAGCCAGGAAAGCAAGGAGCCUGUGUUCAUUGCAGCAGGGGAUAUCCGACGGCGCCUUUCUGAACAGCUGGCUCACACCCCCACAGCCUUCAAGCGAGACCCAGAAGACCCUUCUGCAGUUGCUCUCAAAGAGCCCUGGCAGGAAAAAGUACGGAGGAUCAGAGAAGGCUCUCCCUAUGGCCAUCUCCCCAAUUGGCGGCUCCUGUCAGUCAUUGUCAAAUGUGGGGAUGACCUUCGGCAGGAGCUGCUGGCCUUCCAGGUGCUGAAGCAACUGCAGUCCAUUUGGGAACAGGAACGAGUACCCCUUUGGAUCAAGCCAUACAAGAUUCUUGUGAUUUCGGCAGACAGUGGCAUGAUUGAGCCAGUGGUCAAUGCUGUGUCCAUCCACCAAGUGAAGAAACAGUCCCAGCUCUCGCUACUUGAUUACUUCCUACAGGAGCAUGGCAGUUAUACCACUGAGGCCUUCCUCAGUGCCCAGCGUAAUUUUGUGCAAAGUUGUGCUGGCUACUGUUUGGUCUGCUACCUGCUGCAAGUCAAGGACAGACAUAAUGGGAACAUCCUUUUGGAUGCAGAAGGCCACAUCAUCCACAUUGACUUUGGCUUCAUCCUGUCCAGUUCACCCCGAAACCUGGGCUUUGAGACGUCAGCCUUUAAGCUGACCACAGAGUUUGUGGACGUGAGUCAGGAAGCAGAGGUGAUGGGUGGCCUGCACGGUGACAUGUUCAACUACUACAAGAUGCUAAUGCUGCAAGGGCUGAUUGCUGCUCGGAAACACAUGGAUAAGGUGGUGCAGAUCGUGGAGAUCAUGCAGCAAGGUUGUCGCCGUUGCUCAGGAGCAUCCCCAUCUGGCCCCAUGAUGACGGUGGCUCAGGUCAUCUGUUCUCAGCUUCCUUGCUUCCAUGGUUCCAGUACCAUUCGCAACCUCAAAGAGAGGUUCCACAUGAGCAUGACUGAGGAGCAACUCCAGCUGCUGGUGGAGCAGAUGGUGGAUGGCAGCAUGCGGUCUAUCACCACUAAACUCUACGAUGGCUUCCAAUACCUCACCAAUGGCAUCAUGUGACACCCUCCUUCUUGGGCCUGAGUGGUGGGGGGAUCCAGGGUACCUUCCCCUGGGAGAGCCCUUGUCUGAGAAAUCAUAAACCAGGAAACCCCACCUACCCAACCAUCCACCCGAGGGAAAUGAAGGCAAGAAAUAUAAAGGAUCAUGUGGUAACCGUGAGAGCUUGCCAGGGUGGGAGGAGCUGGCCAUGGGGUCCAGACUUGCUGGGGCUUCCAGCCCCUCAUUGUGUACUACCAUCUGACAGGUUCCAGGACUCACAGCCCUCCAGAGAAAACAGGUGAUGAAUGCAAGGGGCACCUGGCCUUUCUCCCCCUCACCAGGAUCUGAGAGGUUCUUUCCACAGGCUACCCCUUAUCUGUUCUGGGUCCCAGGAAGAGGGAAGAAUAGGUUCUUGGUACUUAGGACUUGAUCCUGUGGUUGGCCUUUGGCCAUGCUGCUGCCCAACUCUAUAUUCUCCCAGGGACUGACCCCUGCCUGAGUUCCCCUUGACAGGAGGGCUCUGUCUUAGGGUCCUGCACUUGCUGAGGUUCCCCAUCAGGGGUUGAGAAGGGGAAUGACAAUCCCUCCAGUUACUGAGGGUAUUGGCCUAGCCAUGGGGAAUUCCUAUCCCUGAUCCCUUCCUCAUACCCAGGGAAACAGCUCUCAAUUUUUUAUUAUUUUUUGUUUGAAAUAAAGUCCUUAGUUAGC